UGGGUGAUGAGUUCCAGAGUCGUGGUUGCCGUGCUUUGCCGCGACGUUUGACGAUCUGAGGGUGGAAUCAGCGCUCGGCAUAGGCGCCGCAUUUCUGAACCUGUAGGAGGGGUUUGUCGGGCCGACCGGGCCGGACCGGACCUACUCCAGCCCACCAAUACUCAACACGCCAACGUUCUCUUUCCUCACAUCAUUCGACAAUACAGCCACACAGAAUCUACUGUAUACAGCAGCAAAGCCAUGGCUUCAAAGAACAACUCCGAAGCAAAAGAGUCGCGGGUGCUUCGUGCCGGCGUGUGGGCGCCCAUCCCAGCGUUCAUGGACGAGUCGGAGGAGCUUGAUAUCCCUACCUUCCAAGCCCAUGUCGUUGCUCUCGCGCGCGCUGGCAUGCAGCCCGUCGUGAACGGGAGCAUGGGCGAGGCGCACCAUCUUACGGCUGAGGAGCGGACUGGCCUCAUUCGUGCUGCGCGCGAGGCUCUCGACCGGGCCGGCUUGGAGGACACGGUUAUUAUCGGUGGAACCGGCGGCAACUCGACCCGCGCUACGAUCGCGCUGUGCAAGUCGGCGGCGGAAGCCGGCGCCGACGUUGCCAUCGUCAUUCCUCCUGGAUACUUUGCCGGGGCGCUCUCCAAGGCGGCCAUCAAGACGUUCUUCGCUGAUGUUGCCACCGCAUCUCCCAUCCCCGUCAUGAUCUACAACUACCCCGGCGCCGCGGGCGGGCUGGACAUGGACAGCGACACGAUCGUUGAGAUCGCGCGGGAGAACGCCAACAUCUGUGGCGUCAAGCUGACCUGUGGAGCGGUAGGCAAGCUCACUCGUAUUGCGGGGGGAACUCAGCCGUCUGCUCUCGCAAAGUACCCGCGCGCUGCGGCCGUCGCGCCAGAGUUCAUCACGCUCGGCGGGUUCGCCGACUUCCUCCUGCCCACCGUCGGUGCCGGGCGCGGGCACGGCGCGAUCAUGGGUCUCGGGAACGUCUACCCCCGCUCCAUCGUCAAGCUAAUGUCUCUUGCGCUGAAGGAGCAAGCUGGCGUGAUCACUAAGGAGGAGAAGGAGGAGGCGCUGCGCCUCCAGGACCUCUGUGCCGGCGCCGAUGCGGCUUUUGCCAAGGCCGGCAUCGCAGGCACCAAGUGGUGGCUCAAGACGCACUCUGGUAAGGGGAGCGCCCGGGUGCGCCGCCCCCUCCUCGAGACUACCGAAGAGGCCGGAAGUGCACUGCAGGCCGACCCCGCGAUCCAGGCGUUCUGGGAGGUCGAGCAGUCGCUUGCCCGUGAAUGAAUGGUUCUGCAGUGACUUGGUUAUAGCUCAGUAAAUUAGAUGCAGGGAGGACCAGUACAACUUGGGCAGCUUACUGCAAGGGCUACUACAGUACGUAGACCAGUACUGACAUGAUGUGACAGAUG